AUGAGUUUAGAUUAUCCUUGGUAUAUACUUUUGGCGACCAAGCCCAAAAAUUUGCUUUCUGGUUGUGUCUUUUAUCAGGGACAAUUAGACGAGGAUUUAGUGCAAUUAUUUUAUAAAGUCCCAGGAGUAAUUAGGUUCUUAGACCAUUCCGGAGAAGAAAAAGAGUUACCUUCUCCUUUAUCGCCCCAAAAAGUUGCCGAAUUUUCCGACCUAUUAAAGAAAAUAAAAAAAAAAGGGGGCGAUUACGAUUGGGCUAAGGACCAAGAACCUAAUCUCCAAAUUGGCGACUGGAUAAAGGUUAUUAAAGGACCUUAUAUAGGUUGCCAAGAGAAAAUUAUUGCCCUUGAUGAAGAAAAAAAAUUAAUUACCGUUAAUGUUGAUUUUUUUGGCCGGCUAACUCCCGCUAAAAUUUUGAUGACUGAUUGUAUUAAAGAAACCAAAUAG